UGGCUGAUUGGAUCACCACGCACGGUUUCUUCAAAUCUUCCUUCUAACAACGGUUUAGGGUUUUGGACUUCGUAAAUUCAUUUAAAAUCCAAAGGAAAAAAUUCGCAAACCGUCACUGAUUUCACUUAAAGAUUUUUCGGAAAAACAUGUUAUUUCGACAAGCAGCUGCUAAUUUAUUCAAGAGACUCCGAAAUUCUGCUCCAUUUCCGACCAAAAACUGGAGUUCGAUGCUAAAUGCAGGAGAACUGAGGUUUUCUGGUCAACGUAAUUUUGGAGGUCAUACUUGGAGUAGUAAUUGUAGGCAAGCAUUUCAAUGGGUUUUUCUGCCUGGACAAACUGUAAUUAUCCUGGGUAUAAGUUCUGUGCCUGCUUUAGCUGAAGAUGUUUCAGUUGAAUCAAGUUCUAAAAAUGCUACAACUGAGGCUGAAAUUACUGGGUUACGUGAAAUUGAGGAUGGUUCUGUUAUAUCAAAUGUACAUACAUCUAAAUGGAGAGUUUUUACAGAUAAUGGAAGGGAUUAUUUUAUUCAGGGAAAACUUGAGCAAGCUGAAAGAUUUUUCCUAUCUGCAAUUCAAGAAGCUAAAGAAGGUUUUGGAGAGAGGGAUCCGCAUGUUGCGGCAGCAUGUAACAAUCUGGCAGAGCUCUAUAGAGUUAAAAAGGCAUUUGACAAAGCAGAACCACUGUAUGUGGAAGCGAUAGAUAUACUAGAGGAGUGCUUUGGAAGAGAUGACAUUAGAGUUGGGGCUGCCCUUCACAAUCUUGGUCAAUUCUAUCUUGUACAGCGAAAAUUGGAAAAAGCUCGUGUCUGCUAUGAGCGUUCUCUAAAGAUAAAGCGACGUGUUUUAGGCGAGGCCCACCCAGACUAUGCUGAUACAAUCUAUCAUCUUGGAACUGUCUUAUAUCUCCAAGGGAAAGAGAAGGACUCUGAGGACCUAAUUUUGGAUUCUAUUCGGAUUUUGGAGGAUGGUGGGCAAGGGGAAUCCAUCUUAUGUAUCCGGAGAUUGCAAUAUCUUGCUCAGAUAUACACCAAGGCCAAUCGAUUUACUGAUGCCGAGAUUUUGCUGAGAAAGAUUCUGCAUAUAGUGGAGCUAUCGAAGCAGGGAUGGAAAUCUUUAGACACUGUUGUUGCAGCUGAACGCCUUGCACUGAGCCUCCAAUCAGUAGGACAAUUAAGGGAAGCAGCAGUUCUGUUACAGAGAUGUCUCGAUGCCCGAAAAGUUUUGCUUCCGGAAGAGCAUAUUCAGAAUGCUGCAAACAUGCUUCAUAUUGCUAGACUAAAAGUGCUCAACUCAAGCCAGCUAAGGAAGAUGAAUAGUUCUCAAGCAAUGAAUGAGCUUGAUCUGGCAAAAGAUCUUUUGGGCAAUUCCAUAAGGAUUGCUCGGAAAGUACUCAUUCGACGUGUGAAGCCGAAAGAAAAUGAAGAAUUCACCAUAGUAUCCAAAAAGGCUGAGAAAGAUGGGCAUGUAGCAAUGAUGAUACUGCUGCAAUCACUUAAUGCUCUUGGGAUGUUGGAGAUGACGAAGAUGGAAAUACAGGAGUCUAGGGAGGAACAUCAAUUUGAGGCCGAUGCUGCACUUCGACAGUGCAUUUCUGUUUAUAAGGAGUUUGGAUCUGUGAAGUAUUUAUCUGAUCAUCCUGAAGUAAAAGCUGAAUAUCUCUCAUGUUUAAGGCAUUUAUCAAAUUUGAUGAGCAGUUACAUGAAAACUAACAGAAGUUCAUUGGAAGAAAUGAAUGAAGAAAUUCAGCGCAUCGAAGUUGAAAUUUCAAGAAAUAGAAGACGUGAACAUUGAAUUGGCAGCUGUAUGGAUGUUUGUUGAUAGCAUUCGCAGUCUGAAAAAGCCUCUUUGCUGAAGGGGUGAUGAAAAUCUGCAACGGGAAUUGGAUCCACAUCUAAUUUCGGAUUUUCAGCAAUUAUAAUCUUCAUCUGAAAUAUGAACAAAAACAUGAACCUAGAUGAUGCUCACAUGAGAAAUUUAAUUUGCUAGUUGAUGACUUGUAAUAGCACGAAGAGGUUUCACUUGUACUGAAAUCUGGUUGUGGAGGAUUUCAAUAAUUUAAAGUAAUUUAAUUAAUUUUUAUUUUAUUUUUAUUUUU